UUCCGCUUAUACUACACCACCGAACCAGAAAGAGGAAGCGCUGUUUCUUCACUGUCACUUCCUUAUUGAGAGAAAAGCAUCUUUCAGUUACUCAUACUUAUUCUUUGCUCGUCCUUACAACGUUAGCCUGGAAACAUCUUGUACUGCUGACCACAUUAUUUUGCCUCAGAGUGUGUGUAUUCCUGUUUGUGCUGGGGGAAUUUGAUCGUGACAGUAUUGACUUGCAAAGGUGUGCAGAAAGGACAGCUGAGGGCAUAGGGCAGGACCAGCGUCUGCACGCUGCUGCAGCAAUCCUGAGAGUUCUAACCAGUCAGACUACAAAUAAUGGAGGAAGAAAAAGUGGAAUUUGACCAAGUCAGUGAAGCUUCUGCAUCUUUUCAGGGAGAGCGGAGGAAGAUCAUUCAGCCUGCAUCUUUAAAUGAUCCCAAACUGGCAAAGCUUAAAGAGGUUCUGGUGGGGUGGAUCAACAGCACUCUGAAGUCAGAGCACAUUGUGGUGCAGUCAUUGGAGGAAGACAUGUAUGAUGGACUUGUGCUUCAUCACCUACUGAGAAGGUUAGCAGGAGUACAGUUAAACGUAGAGGAGAUUGCGUUGACCAGUGCUGCUCAGACACGAAAGCUGGAGACGAUUCUGCAGGCCUUCGACAAGUACCUAGAACUUGACAAGAACCCCGAACCAGACACUUCAGCUAAAUGGAAUGUCAAACUGAUCCACAGCCGAGACCUGCUUGCCACUCUGCAUCUGCUGGUUGCCAUAGUGAAGCGCUAUCAGCCCGACCUGGCUCUGCCCCUGAAUGUCAGCGUGGAAAUCAUCUCAUUUGAGGUCAACAAAAGUGGCAUCAAAUCUGACAAACAGAUAGAAUUCAUCACAUUGCAGAGUGAGGACGCAGAUGGACAAUCUAAAAAAGAAGACCCCAUUGAUGAGCUACUCAAACUCGAUGCACAUAAAGUUGCCACAGUAAAGAAGGCUAUCUUGCACUUUGUUAAUAAGAACUUGUCACCACUAAGGCUACAGGUUGCUGACAUGGAGAAACAGUUUGCAGAUGGUGUGAUCCUGCUUUUGCUGAUUGGUCAGUUGGAAGGGUUCUUUAUUCCACUUUACGAAUUCCAUCUGUCUCCUGAUGGACACUCAGAGAUGCUUCACAAUGUGUCCCUGGCUUUGGAUCUCCUCAAUGACAAAGAAAUACAAGUGGCCAAUGUUGAUCCAGAAGAUAUCGUGUCCCAAGAUGUGUCUGCUACACUGAAAGUGUUGUACGCCUUGUUCAAGAAACAUAAGAACAAGUAAUUCCCGACCAGCCAAGGCUACAGCCUCUGAUUAAAUUUCCUGUACACGUCUGGGUUAAGCAGCUCUUCAUGUUAGAGCGCAACACUGGCUCUAAUGUUCAGCUGCUACUGUGAACGGCAUGAAAGCAGUUCAGAAGCAGCUGUCUAGACUGGUUUUACUCACAUUAGUGUUAAUGUACAUGAGAAACCUUUCGCCUCACUGCACAGAUUGGAUAUAACCGGGUAUGGAUGCUAACAGCAUGUUUCACCUCAUUGCCACCCUCUCUUUCUCCCAACCUUCUACUGUCCUAUACAUUCUCUCACUGGACCACUAUCCUGUUCCUGAUGAAGGGCCCUCAACCACCUCCCAUUCUCUUCUCAAAUAAAUACCUCUUAUCUGAA